UACCAACGCAAUCGAGCCCUAAAGGAUUUGCACCCCCCACCUUCCCCUCCCUCCCUUCUUCCCUCUUCGUGUCCGGCGGCGGCGCCACCCAUCGCGUCUCCCGUACCCGCGGUUUCAUCCAUCGAUCCGCCUCCAAUCCCGUCCAUGGCAACCGCCACCCCUGUUCCCGCCUCCUGUGCCUUGGAGGAGGUCCUUCUCGACGGAUAUGCCUACAUCGGCAACAAGCCCAACCAUACCACCGCCGUUAGCUUGACGAGGAAUACGGAGAUAAUCGUGGCGUCCUUCUGGAGUGAGCGCCCACCGCUCCCCUCCCGCCUGUACGUGCACUGCCCCGAACUGGAAUCCAGCGCCUUCUCGCAGCUUCCCCGCAUCCUGUGCGUGGUGGAAGGCCUAAUCCUCUUCCGCGUCGCCAUCCGCUGCCGUGAGCCCAUCCUCUAUGAGGAGUGCGACUACUUCAUCUACCAUGUCGACAGCAGGUCGCUUAAAGAAAUCCCCAACCCCAGCCCUUUCUCCAUCCGUGACGACGAUAUGGGCCUCCUACCUCGGGGUAACCACUACACCGUCGCCGCGCUGGUGCCCACAAGCGACGAUAAGGUGUUCACGCUUCACUUAUUUCAAUCAGAGAUCAGGAGGUGGACAUCCAAGGAUGUGUCUCUGGAGGCGCCACAGAGCGAGUUCCCAAUAGAGAUCCCAAGGGAUACGGAUGCUUGUCGGCUUUUGAGUCAUACCACAAGCACCGUGAUCACGCUUGGGGGUGAAGACGGUACCAUGGGCUGGGUCGAUCUCUGGAGGGGUAUCCUUCUCUGCGAUGUGCUCCUCCCCGCCCCCAAGCUCCGAGGCGUGCCUUUGCCGUGGCCGAGGGCAAUGUAUCUACCUAAUGGUGAGUCUCGGAUCAAUUUUGGAUCUCCAAAGCUGUACCGGGGAAUUGCCUUCAGCAAGGAAAAGCGCUGCCUCAGGUUUGUUGAUUUGGAUACCAUCUUCAAUCGCCUUCCUGCUUCAGACAAGGAAGGAGGGAUACCCACUUACAGAUUUGAAGGAUGGGAGAUCACCAAAUGGAGCAACUGCAAUCUGACCAAUUCCUUUGAGGACUGGCAGGCUGACUACCUGCCAAUCCACGCAAACGACAUCAAGUUAAAUGAACAGAUCCAAAAGCAAAUGCUGGAGUACCAACUGCUGUGGCCGAAGGCACCAUCACAGGGCAACAGUGUGGCUGCCGACCCAGGGCGAAACUUGGAGAACGUCACUGUUUUUCUACCCACUCCCAGCAUGGAUGAUUCAAAUGUUGUCUUCUUGAUUGCCAAGGCUGAAUUCCGGCAGCCUAAGGCAUAUGUUCUUGAAGUUGACAUGGGAAACAGCCAACUGAAAGGUGUGACCGAGUUUGGAACUGCAAGGGAACCAUGUGCCCGUGUCAUCUGUUGCCAUGGUAGUGUCUCCAAAGUAUAAGAUGUGUCCAGCAACUUCUUCAAGUAACUGAUGGUAAGUUAGGAUGCUGAGGAAUGAACUGUUUUGGAGUGAUGGCAACAUGAAAGGUGAUGUGUGCCACAUUAAGAUUUGAUGAUGCAUGCACAAGUCACUGGCUGCAUUGAUUCAAGAAUACAGGCGUUUAUGGUGAUCUUUUGCCUAUGGUAUGCCUUUGAUGUGUAAUAAUUUCUGGAAGACAGAUUGAAUUGUGCUUGAAUUUAUUGCUGUUUUCCCGUAAGUUACUUAGUGCUUGAUCAUGCUUUGACAUUUAAGAAAUUUGUAUGCUACUCUACUGGCUGUUGUACUUUCAUAAUAUUCAACAUAUCUGUUUCGCUGAGGUU